GAAAAAUUCUCUCCCUGAAUUACAUCUACAAUGAAGUUCUCUACUUUUGCCCUAUCGGCCACUGGCCUUGUACAAACUCAAAUCGCUUCCGCUUGUCUGGUGAUCACUGGAAGUUCUUCUGUCGGCCAAUUCACGACCGGUAUUGACAUCCACGCGAAUGACAAUGGCGUGGUCACAUGUCAAGGUCAUAUUAAUUCAGGAUCAGGAAAUGUUGGUUGCAAUGGAGGAUAUUCUCUUUGGGUUGACGAUGUAGCGGUUGGGGAUCACCUUAGAGUGAAAUAUGGCACCCCUCAUGGCAGCUGGGAUUUUUAUGUCUAUGGAGAUUGUAAUAAUUGGGAUUGCAGUCUUGGUAAUGCGCCAUUUACUUGCUGGGGCUGCACUUACGACCAGAAACAGUUUGGUUGCUAAGGUCAGUCAAUGUACUGAUUCUAGUCUGCUAUUUCCACUGGAAUCUAUAGAAAUUGCGAGCAACAUAAAGAAAAUCGUGUAUUAGCAACUAGUGAUGGACCACAAAUUUAGAGCUUCUCUUGCAGUUCAGAGAUUCAUUCUUAAAUCUGUAUUCAAGAUCUAGAUAAAUGAUGAUAGCUUUC